GGGUCCUUUUCCCUCCGGACCGGCCACAUCAGCUGAAGCGGCCCGAGUCGUGUCCCCGUUGUUGGACCCCGUAUUUCGGAGUUUUGAACCCCAGCUCGAGUGCGCAGGUGUACGCGUCCGUGCGGUCUCUGCCUUGCGGAUCUUCCUUUCAGCCCGAGACCCCGGUGACCGACGGUUCGAUUUCGGUUGCCAUUGGCAGCGGCAGCAAGCAUUAGCACGUGUGGACGUCAGCCUCGUCUCUUCUUCUGCAUGUCCCUGCUCUGAGCCUGCCUCUCGCCGUCAUGUCCGCACCGCAGCCGCCACAACCGCAGCAGCCGCAGCCGCUCAAGCGCUGCAUCGUCAAGCAGGUGCUCUCGGGCGACACUGUGGUGAUCCGUGGGCAGCCCCGCGGAGGCCCUCCCCCCGAGAAGACCCUCUACAUCUCCAACAUCACUGCACCCAAGCUUGCCAAGCGUCCCACCGAGACGGUUGCGGAGACAAAAGAUGAGCCCUUUGCUUGGGAGGCCCGUGAGUUUCUGAGGAAGAAGCUGGUUGGCCAGGAGGUCGUCUUCUCUGUUGAGUACAGCGUCAAUGACAGGGAUUACGUCACGCUCUACCUGGGCAAAGAUGCGAGUGGUGAGAAUGUGGCCGAGUCCCUGGUGCACGCGGGCCUCGUCGACGUGCGUACUGGUGGCAAAGGAGAGGCGCAGCAGCGUUUGCGAGAGCUCCAGGAGGAGGCUCAGGCAGCAGGUCGAGGAAAGCAUGGCCCCGACGCAGCAUCGCACGUACGCGAUGUCAAGUGGACGUUACGUGACGGAGAGGACCCCCGCACCUUUGCCGACCGGUUUGGCAAGAAGCCCGUGCCAGCGGUCGUCGAACACGUGCGGGACGGCUCCACCGUGCGUGUGCUGCUGCUGCCAGACUUCCACUACAUCACGCUCAUGCUGUCGGGCAUCCGGUGCCCAUCUUCACGCCCUGGCGAACCAGAGUCCCAGUACUCUGAGGAAGCCAAGUACUUCACCGAGUCCCGACUACUGCAGCGGGACGUUGAGGUGGUCCUCGAGGGUGCCACCAACCAGAACUUCGUUGGCACUGUGCUACAUCCCAAUGGCAACAUUGCCGAACACCUGCUCCGGGCAGGGUUUGCCCGCUGCGUCGACUGGAGCCUUGCUUCCGUGACUGGUGGAGCGGACCGCCUGCGAGCUGCCGAGAAGGAGGCCAAGGAGAAGCGGUUGCGGUUGUGGAAGGACUACACUCCCACGGGCAUCCCUAUUGAUGCCAAGGAGCAGAGGUUUGAAGGCAAGGUCGUAGAGGUCAUCAACGCUGAUGCACUGGUGGUCAAGGUUGGCGACAAUGAGCUGCGCAAGAUCUUCCUUUCCAGCAUAAGGCCACCGAGGCGUCCCGAGGAGCCCAAAGAAGCGGCACCAGGCGGAGGUGGCAAGGAGCGCAACUUCCGGCCCCUCUACGACAUCCCCUUCAUGUACGAGGCUCGGGAGUUCCUCCGCAAGAAGCUCAUCGGCAAGCAGGUGCAGGUCUGCAUCGACUACAAGCAGCCGGCAUCCAAUUCCUUCCCCGAGAAGACCUGCUGCACGGUCACCAUUGGAGGAAUCAAUGUGGCGGAAGCACUGGUAGGCAAAGGACUGGCCACCGUGGUCCGGUACCGACAGGAUGAUGACCAGCGCUCGGCACACUACAACGACCUGCUGGCCGCCGAGAUGAAGGCACAGAAGUCUGCACGGGGACUGCACUCCAAGAAGGAUGCCUCUGUCCACAGGGUCGUCGACCUGGCUGGGGACUUGGCCAAGUCCAAGCAGUUCCUGCCGUUCCUGCAGAGGGCGGGCAAGAUGGAGGCUGUGGUGGAGUUUGUGGCGAGUGGGUCUCGACUGCGGCUGUACAUUCCUCGCGAGAACUGCCUCGCCACGUUCCUCUUGGCUGGCAUCUCUUGCCCUCGGGCUGGCCGAGUACAGGGUGGCCAGACCAUUCCCGGCGAGAAGUUUGGUGAGGAGGCGUUGCAGUUCACCAAGUCACUGUGCCUGCAGCGAGAGGUGGAGGUGGUUGCCGAUGGCAUCGACAAGGCAGGCAACUUCAUCGGCUGGCUCACCGUCGAAGGUGUCAACCUGUCGGUGGCGCUUGUGAAGGAAGGGCUCGCCACGGUGCACUUCACAGCCGAGCGGUCGGUCCACUACCGUGCCCUCCAGCUGGCGGAAGAGCAGGCCAAGCAGCAGCGGCUCAAGAUCUGGGAGGACUAUGAGGAGACCGAAGACACCAAGCCCCAGGAGGUGAUCACUGACCGCAAGGGCAACUACCGCAACGUGGUGGUCACAGAAGUCAAGCCAGAUCUGUCAUUCUACGUCCAGUUCUUCGACGACGGCCCGAAGCUGGAAGAGAUGACCAAGCUGCUGCGUCAGGAGUUGGCUGAGCACCCACCCGUGUCGGGUGCCUACGUGCCCAAGAAGGGUGAAGUGUGCGCUGCAAAGUUCUCCGAAGACCAGCAGUGGUACAGGGCACGUGUCGAGAAGGUCCAGUCCAGCGGAUCGGUCGAGAUCUUCUUCAUCGACUAUGGAAACAGAGACACAGUGGAUCCCUCAUCCUUGGCAUCCCUGCCUUCCCUCGGCAUUCGAGACAUCCCGGCAGCCGCGAGGGAGUACAGCCUGGCUCUGGUGGCACUUCCGAAAGAUCCCGAGCAGGCACAGGAUGCCGUGCAGGCAUUCCAGGACGAAGUGUCGGGUGAGCCACAGCUGCAGCUCAACGUGGAGUACCGCGUGGGUGGCCAGGAGUUUGUCACGCUGCUCACCCCGUCGGGCACCGACAUUGGCAAGACCCUGCUGCAGGAGGGCUGGGUGUUGCUGGAGGAGCGCCGUGACCGGCACCUCCAGGAGUUGCUUCAGGACUACGUGGCCGCCAGGGACUCUGCUAAGGCCAAGCGGCUGAACCUCUGGUGCUACGGCGACGUAACGGAGGACGACUCCAAGGAGUUUGGCUGGGGCCGCUGAGGAGGACCUGUCGCCGCAAAGUCAACUUCUGCCUCGCACACCCGUGGUGUGGGGGAGGAGGGGG